AUGGAGACGCUGCCAGAGCUUGCAGCAAUGGAACAAUGUCCAGACGAGGUCCUUCUGAAAGUCUGUCGGCUUUUAGACUUCAAGAGCCUGGCAAGCUUCCGACUGACUACCAAACGCCAUGCUUCCAUCGGAGCAGAAGCUUUGGUCUCCAAAGUCCGUUUCCAUUGCAGUCAAGACUCUCUCCAGCGCCUGAAUGCACUUGCCACCCAUGAAGUCUUCCGCAAGAACGUUGAGACAGUGGUCUUUGAAGCAAACAUCCUAGCAAACAUUGGCUGCAUCCACUCCUAUUCCGCCCACUACGAACUGGAACACCACCGAGAUGAGAGGCCGCAGCCACCUCCAAGAGAUGCCACUGAUCGGGAGAAGAGACUGUUCGAACGCAACCUGGCCAAGUUCCAGAAAGAGAUUGAGAACAAAUAUGACCGCUACCGACAAGUUCUCAACGACCAACAGAACUUGAUCAAAGGCACCACCUACUCCGAGCUUCUCGGACCUAGCAUUCGCCGCUUUCCACGACUCACCAAAAUCGAGCUGAAUACCGUAGGAAGAUGCAAGCACGUCUUGUCAGAGAGAUUCCUCGAGACCUUUGCCGUUGAUUGCGCAAUGCCAAUUGAGGCUGACACCAAACACACAAAGGAGCAGCUCAAACAUCUCCUCUUCCCUCAUAACCGACCCCUGACCAAUCUCCACGAACUUGCAGUUCAUGUCAUGUCUCCAAAGUUCUUCGGUGGCUACAUGCCACGCGACAUGAUCUGUGCUGCCUUUAGUAACCUCAAAGUCAUUGAGCUGGGUCUUCGUCUUGAACGAGAUGAAGUCAUCGCCUGGGGCGACAUGCCUGCGGAGUCCUGCUAUGGGGACUUGCGCAAAGGACUUCUUCGAGAUGCCUUGUGUGCAGCUAAGGGUCUAGAAAAGCUUACCAUCAACUUUGAGGAUUACGGUUAUCAUGGCCCAUGUGCAGACCUGAAGACCGUUCUUGGAGACAAUUCUUGGCCCAAACUGCACUACCUGGACCUUGAUUGCUUGUCCACCACUUCGGACAACCUACUGGCCAUGUUGAAGCGUCAACCAUCCAUCCACACCUUCAAGGUCGGCUUUGUUACUCUAGAGCAGGGCUCUUGGAUUGAAGCGACUCGUCGGAUGCGGAAAGAAUUGAACCUUGCCUAUUUCUCUGCUCAAGGUAUCUUGGAGGACUCUGAACAAAUGUAUCCAAUGCACUUCAUCGAUUCGGAAGCCUAUGUGGAUAGCUUCGUGGAGAUGACUAUGUCCGACUCCCUUGAUGUCUAUGUCACUAGUCGCUACGGCUCGAACGAGGACGAUGGAGACGGCGACGACGACGAGGACCUGCAUCCACUCGAACAUGACGACUUCGGAGACCCAGAAGAACUUCGCAACGACUAUGGCCCAUUCUCCGAUGAGGACAGCGAGCUUAUUAACGAUUCGGACGACUCAGACAUGGAUUGCAGCGGUUGA